UGGUGUUAGUGGUGGCAGCAGACGACACCACAGCUGGCUGGGGCUGAAGGGUUCACACAGUCAGUCACCAACUUGUUGUUGUGCCGUGAUGGUGUUGGUGAGCGUCACUGAAGACAGUGUGUGUGUGCAGAUCGUAGUCAGUGUGUCGAUGAAGAACUCCAUGUACUUGCAUUGUUCCACAGGACAUAUACAACUUGACCUAGAGUACAGGUCUGCCACGAGACACACGCAACCAACAAACUGAGCAUUGUAAUGUACAAAAAAUUGGCAUCCAUUUGGAAAUCUUACAAGUACCGCUUUGUUCCCUGGCUGGCGUUCAACUUCCAGAAAAGGCCCUGGCUCUUCAUCUAAUGUCAUACAGGAUGCAAAAAAAAAAAAAAAAUCUUCGUGGGCUGACCAGUGGUGAACACCCAUCCUCUUCCCUCCGUCUAUAAGCUCCCCGUCCGGUGAAGUUUAACAUACAAGCCAGCCAAUGGACGCUGCGUUGCCAUACACUGUCAUUUACCCCCUACCUCGAGUUGUAUGGCCUCAAGUGAACUUUUAUAUAAACCAUGCAGUGUAUUUUGUGAUUAAGAGUGACGUUCACACGGUCAAGCAGAACGUUGUGUGUGUGAUCUCCAGUGAAUGACCCUGACUGACCACAGCCCGAGUUAUUAUGACCUCCGGUGAAAUCCAUUUAUUGUACUGUGACCUGUGUUGACCCCUAUGUCACCAUGACUUGAGUUGUAUGACCUUAAGCGAAUUUAGAUUAACAUAGUUUGAGUUAUUUGACUUCCAGUGAACCCUACAACACCAUACAUUGACUUGUAUGGUGCCCAGUGAACCUCACAGUCUUGUACCACAUUGUAUUAUAUUACUGAGUGAACCCAGCAUGACCACAUAGUUUACUCCUCGGCCUCUCAAGAACCCUAACUUACCACAUAGUGUGUUAUCAUGUCAGCUGAGAUGAUCUUUGACAACCUCGCCUGUCGUUUGUACAACACGUCAUCCUCGUCUUAAUUACAAUACUGUGUCUCUCAUGUUGUUGGAUUGCAGAUUUCUCAGUUGGAAACGUCGGUAAAAUUGGUAGAAGUUGUUUUUGUGGUUCUUUGACGCUGGUGAUGUAAAUCUGCACAGUUGUCAGAUGUACGGGGGAGAGUUGUGGCGGUAGUUGACGUCACGGCGUUAAAUGUUUCCAGCUUCGCUUGACGUUAUGUAAUUUAUUGGUGGCAGGUGGCGACACGGAGUAAAGUACUGUAUAUGGUAAAACACAGCUCGUCACUCAGUUUUUCCUAACUCGUGGGGUGAGAAUAAGAAUGAUGUGUAAGUUCAGAACAGUCAACCUAGGUCGUCGUAACAAAUUGUCAGUAUUUAGAGAGAAUGUUAAGCUACCAUUAAGAAGUAAAUAGACCAGUGUACACGAACUAUCAACAGGUAGCCAAUAAGAAAAUGCCGCCCCUAAGAAAGUUAGGUUCUUUGACAGAGAUCUGUCUGGAGUGUGUGUGGCGGUGGUUGCACCGCUGUGUGGGUCCUGCCGCCACCACCAGGAACGGUCGUCGGCUACAGACCCAGUACUUGGUGUCAGCCCUCAACUCCAGCCUCCGUCAGCGGCUCCUGAUCAUCAUCUGUAACAUCAAGACAGAACUUCUCAUGGAGAGUAAGUGUAAGUUGUUACAGGCGCUGGGUGACAACAGUACACAGUGGAUUGACUUCAGCGGGAGCGGCUCCGUCUUCUACGAUGAGAUAAUGCGCCUGUACAACACCCUGUGUGUCGCCAACAUAUACAACCUCACGCGGCUGGGGGUAGUUUGUGAUAUGAAGUCAAGGAUUGAUCAGAAAUAUAUAUCCGCUGUUAACAGUACAUUUUACUGGCCGCUAAGAAAGAUGAGCAAUUUGCGUUGGCUUACUCUGGGUGGUGUAGCUGAUGGCACCAUCCUGGAAAUUUUAGGCGCCAACUGCCACCACCUGCAGUACCUCGAUGUGUCCCACUCGUUGAAGGUGGAUAACGACGCCGUGGCAGCUUUUUUACUCAAGGACCCAGGAGCAAUACAGGGGUGGAACCCCCAGCAGGUAGGUCAUCAAGAAUUACCAACUAGUACCACUCCCUGCUGCACCACCCUUAACCAGGUGUGUGUGAGCGGCACCCAGGUGAGCAUGAUGGGUGCUGUUCUGCUGUUGCGUCAUGUGCCACAGCUGAGGUCCUUAGGCGGUUAUAUUCACGACUGCUCCAUCUGUCAAGUCAUCGAGAUUCUCCAGCCAGAAGGAGGAGUGACACAGUACAAGCUAAACCACUUGUGGGACGCCAUAAUCAGGCCACGCCACACUUCCCUGCUGAAUGCCACGUGUCCCUCUAUUACUGCCGUCACCACCUGCCAAGCCUCACUGCCUGUACUGUACCUCCUCCAGCCCCUCGAGUCCUUGUCAGUUGAUGUAGACUUUAGACACUGCACAGAAGCCUUGUAUGACUACCUGGUGGUGAGAGGAGACACCCUGAGACAACUCAUCCUCACUAAUAGUGUAUACUACCCCCUCGACCUCGCCUGCCUCAUACAAUUUACCCCGAGGCUGGAGCGGGUCGAGGCCACCGUCACAGUGAAGCAAGAAGACAUCAACUUCCCUGUCUGGACGACCCUGAAAGUGGCGUCGGUCAAGGUGGAAAAUUCAGCUUCCAUCCUGGCCCUGCUGACCCACACCCCUGACUUACGUGACCUCGACCUGGCCUUCCUGGAGGGGAUAUACACCGAGGAGACGUACGAGAGCAUCAGCGACGACCUCCUCCUGCAGAUCUUGACGGGUGGUGGCCUCAAGACUCUGGAGAAGUUAAGAAUAAGUCGUUGUAUGAUCAGCAGGAAGGGGGUGAACUAUCUGCUGCUCGCCUGCCCUAACCUACACUACCUGGCGCCCCUCAUCUUUUGGCCCAAUGUUUCACUCGUCGACGUGGAGAAGCUGCGGGCGAGAGCAACACAGAACAACUGGGUGUUGAGGAUUGUGAUGCGUUCAGACGAGGAGUGACCCACGUCUGGGGUUGUAGUUACGUGUGUGGGCACUGUGAGGUGAGCUGGGCACGGGGGUAUUGAUAGGUUGGUGUUUGUACAUAUUUGUCUGUCUGCAUGAAUGUGUUGUUUUUAUAUACAUUUAUGAUACAUACCGGUAUAUACAUUCCUAUCUAAAUUACAUGAGUUCUCAGAGUUCCUGUCGAGAGAGGAUCAUGUAAUUGGUGAAGAGGAUGAAAGAAAGUAAGGCUUGGUUUCUGACAUUAUUGUGUAUGUGUUAAGAAAUGAACUUAGAAUAGGAAGUCUUCUUUCACUGACGAAGAAUUAUUCAUCUUACCAGGGAGUAUAUUCUUUUUACAAGUCUUGAGAUAACAUUGUGUGAUGUAUGAUGGCAUGUGUUGGACAUUGACGUUUGGCACGGUGGCCGAGAGUGUUUGGCCAUCUGCCUACUUAUGUGGCCACACACUUGGGUCUGAGCCACUCUUGCUGUGUUACUGUUACUUAUGUGGCCACACCCUGGGGUCUGAGCCACUCUUUGGUUACUGUUGCUUUUGUGGCCACACCCUGGGUCUGAGCCACUCUUGCUGUGUUACUGUUACUUAUAUGGCCACACCCUGGGUCUGAGCCACUCUUGCUGUGUUACUGUUACUUAUGUGGCCACACCCUGGGUCUGAGUCACUUGCUGUGUUACUUAGGUGGCCACACCCUGGGGUCUGAGCCACUCGUGCUGUGUUACUGUUACUUAUAUGGCCACACCCUGGGUCUGAGCCACUCUUGCUGUGUUACUGUUACUUAAGUAGCCACACCCUGGGGUCUGAGUUCGUGCUGUUACUGUUAGUUAUAUGGCCACACUUGGUGUUACUGUUACUUAUGUGGCCACACUCUGGGGUCUGAGCCACUUUUUGUUGUGCUACUUAUGUGGUCACUCACUUGAGUCGAGUCACUUUCUGUGUCACUUAUGUGGCCACACACUUGGGUCUGACACGCACUGUGGCAACUCAUUAAAAGUAGUUUGUAAGUUUGGAUACUGUAAGUUGGUUACAAGAUCGCACUGUGCGUGUGUGUCCAAAUACCAGUGCCAUGGUAACAUUGAAUCCCUAAACUGACAUUUGAGUUUGGACAUAAAUUAUAUGAGUUAGGGAGAUAAACACACUCAUACCAUCUGUGAACCUUUCCAGUGACACUUUACCAUAUUUUUCGUGAUAUUCCUCGUCUGAUUGAUGUGUCAUUAUAUCUAACAAAAUAAAACAGGUGUCAGGUAUCUGUGUCUGUUAACUUGAUGAGUGUUUUUCCUGAGUUACUGACUAUUGACCAACUAACACACUGAAAGAUUGUUUUUCUGAACAGUCUAUAUUAAGUAAUUUUAGUUUCUGUUGUGAUGAGGAGGUUAAUAUUGUUUUGGUUAUAAACAUUGUGGAUGAUGUAGUGUGGGCACCUGUAACUACUCAUAGAUGGAGGAGUUAGUUAUAAUUACUGAGAGAACUUUCUUC